AUGCUCUGCAUUAAGUAUAGUGGUAUCCAGCGUAUAUUUGAAAAACCAACAUUUGUAUACAAGCUGUACGAAUAUCAUGACAUUCACUUUGGUAGUCGCCUUCUUAAUGUUAGUCUUUGUUCCCUAUCUACCAUAUUAUCUAAUUGGUUUAAUUUUCUUACAAAACGGCUUUUGGUUGAAUUAUCGCACCCAGAUAACUCCAUACCAGUGAACCGGUUUGUAACUCCGCUUCAUAUCGUACCUGAAUGGUACUUUUUAGCAUAUUAUGCGGUGUUAAAAGUAAUCCCAUCCAAAACCGGUGGUUUGUUAGUAUUUUAUGUUAUCAACAUGUCAAUGAAAUAUCAACAACGAUGA